UCUGUUAGAAAUGACAUAACCAAAGAUACUUUGAUAUAAUUAUAAUAAUAAUUAGAUUUUUCCUAAAAUAUUUUCAUUUAAAGUUAAAUACGCGAUUUUUGGUCAACAAUGGCAUCGAACAAAUAUAAUGAAUUAAUUAAGUUGGGUACACAAUAUGCACGUCGUAUGAAUUUCCUUUCMAAUCGCAUUUUCGGUGAAGUCGCGCGUACAACCAAUGAAAAGUCGAUGAAGGUAGUUCGCAUGUUCGCGGAGGAGCCGGUCCAUAAGCGCGAUUCGUUAAAUAAUUGGUAUCCCCGACAUGUAGAGACACAUAUUCUCAUGAAAAAUCUGCGUGCGUAYGGCUUAUUCCGUGAUGAACACGAAGAUUUCAAAGAGGAAAUGAAACGUUUGAGACGACUACGUGGUAAAGCCGCACCAAAGAAGGGUGAAGGCAAGCGAGCGAAGAAAUAGAGCAGCUCUGUUAAUUUUUAAAAAUAAAGAUAUUCUAAGUUA